CCGCCAGAUCCGUACUACUCUCCCUUUUCUCCACUCUUCCUCGAAAUCCCCACGAAUAUCAAUAUUCCCGCUCCCACGCCCCUCUCCUGGAAGGGUGCCCCAGGAAGCGUACUUCUGUACCUUCCGUCCCUUAUUUAAAAAUAAGUGAUCGCUUCGACUGCUACGCCCCUCAGAGAUGCUGUCUGCGAAAACUGCCGGGGCGGGGGACAGUCAUGUCAAUGGCGCCGCCGGCCCUCAGCGCACUCUCACACCCUCCCCGAGAGGUCUACGGACUCCCUCCAUCGAGCAUCUGAGAUCACAAGGGUCAAACCCUCAGUCGCGGUCGGGGAGCCCAUCCUCACUGGGGAAGAGUGCAAGGGCAACGGAGGAACUUGCAAGGACGGCGAAGGCGAGAGAGGAGCAGCGGAUGAAGGAGCAGGAGGCGGACUUUAAGACGAAGCAUGUGGGCGUGAUUGGGGUUUUGGGGUGGAUACUUUUCUUGCAUGUCGUUGGUAUUUAUUUCUUUACAAGGGGUUUCCUGUUGACCCGGCUGGUUCUGGAAAGUAAAUCACAGUGUGAUGUGCUUCCUUUCGACGAUACAGUAUUGCAAAGGUCUACAUUGUCAAGGACUGGUUCGCCUAGUGACGGAUGCUGGCACCCAAAAACUUUUGACAAGGCGAUCUUUAUCAUUAUUGAUGCUCUGCGCUACGACUUUACCGUUCCUUUUCGCCCAGCCGCGGAGAGCGAACAGCCGCAUAUCUUCCACAAUAAUAUCCCGGUUCUAUACGAGACUGCGAUUGCAUCUCCGGAUAAUGCCUUCCUUCUUCCAUUCAUCGCUGACCCUCCAACAACGACGCUGCAGCGGCUGAAAGGAUUGACCACGGGGACCUUGCCAACUUUCAUCGAUGCUGGUUCGAAUUUUGCGGGAACUGCCAUUGACGAAGACAAUCUCGUCGCGCAGCUACACGCUGCCGGAAAGAGCCUGGUCCACCUUGGUGAUGACACCUGGCAUGCUUUGUUUCCCCAAUACUUCAAUCCGAAUCUGACCCAUCCAUUCGAUUCUUUUAAUGUUUGGGAUCUCCACACCGUCGACAAUGGAGUCAAUACACACUUGUUCCCUCUGUUGCACCCGGAUAACACGACCAAGUGGGACGUGAUAUUUGGUCACUAUCUAGGAGUCGAUCAUGCCGGACACCGCUAUGGACCGGAUCAUCCUGCAAUGGCCGCCAAACUACGCCAGAUGGACCAGGUAAUCCGUGACCUGAUCAAGCAGAUCGAUGACAGUACCUUGCUCAUCGUAAUGGGUGACCAUGGCAUGGACGCUAAAGGCGACCAUGGCGGUGAGUCUGACGACGAGGUCGAGGCUGCCUUGUGGAUGUAUUCGAAGAAGGGGAUAUUUGGCCGCACGAGCCCUGAUUAUGUGCUGCCACCGAAGAAUGCAAAGGAGCGUCCUAUCCCACAGAUCGAUAUCGUCCCGACUUUGUCUCUGCUUCUGGGUAUGCCGAUUCCGUUCAACAAUCUUGGUUCACCGAUCGAGGAGGCAUUUGCGGGCAAAGGAGGCUCUGAUUUCAAGAACCUCGCGACCGUUAACCGCCUGACAUCCGCCCAGAUCAAGAGGUAUCAGCAUGAAUAUGCGAUCGCGCGAGGUGUUGAUGACAGCCAAACUUCCGGACCACUUGCUCUCUGGACUCACGCGGAGAACGAGUGGCAGAGGUUGUCCAAGUCUAGCAGGCCCAGCACUGCUGCGCUUCGGGAAGUCUACGAAGCCUACAGAGAAUACCAGCGGGACACCCUCAAUAUAUGCCGUGGUCUAUGGGCCAGAUUCGAUGUCACGAGUAUGGCUGAAGGCAUUGCAGUUCUUUUCGCAGGAAUUGUUGUGGUCAUCUUCUAUGCACGCGGGCUCAGGGCAGACCGGACAGAGCUUACAUUCCCUUUGCUGGUCCGUGUUAGCGCUGGUUUGGGCGUGGGUGCUGCUGCUGGUCUACUGUCGGGCCUAGUUGGACUGGUGGAAACACCCAUUCUGGAGCAGACGGCGCUUGCUGCGGCGACUGGAAGUAUCCUUGGUGGACUUUCGACAACUCUUUCGUUCCCUGGGACCCUCACAUCCCCCCUUCCAAACUCCCUAUGGGGCUGGCUUGCCGUAUUUUUCACUGUCUCUCAAUCGAUUGGCUAUGCCUCGAACUCGUACACCAUCUGGGAAGAUGAGAUCAUGCUGUUUUUCCUCACCACCUUUGGUGUCCUCGCAGGUGUCUCUUCGAUGCGUCAGAAGUCAACUUCGGAUCGGGUCCUUGGAGUUUAUCAUUCUAUUCUCUUUAUUAUCUUAGGCCGCCUGGCGUCCUUCUCUCGUCUCUGCCGUGAGGAGCAAAUGCCUUUCUGCCGCUCUACAUACUAUGCUUCCGCCACGUCCUCAACCUCGGCUCCAUGGCAACUCGUCAUUCCCUUCCUGCUUUCGCUCUUCUUGCCUGCUGUCGUUCGUUCUUUCUAUACAGGCUCAAAAUCAUACCAGGGAUCAGCAACGCUCUGGAUCGGAAUCGCUUUCCGUGUCGGGCUGUUUAUUGCUGCUAUCUUCUGGACGCUCGAUGCUGCGGAUGAUGGUGAGUGGAUGUCGAUCAGCAAGGAAACACUGAAAUCUGUUCGUGUUCUCCUUGCACAGAUCGUCCUUGCUGUCGCUUUUGGUGCCGGAACAACCACAUUUAUUUAUUCCAAGCCGUGUGUGAGCAUCAGCGUCUCGCAGGGUGCGCCAGAAAGCGGAACCAAGACGACAGUUACCAUCCUUGGCUUUGCGAACGUCCAUGGCUCUCGUUUCUUCCUUCUCGUCAUCAACUUCUGUUUGGCUAUCAUUCUCAUGCAGAAGCCUAUGGGCCAGGGUGCCAUUGGCUUGCAGCUCUGGCAGAUUCUCUCUCUUCUCGAGAUUCUGGAUACGAAUGCUCUCUCCAUCGGCAACUCAGCCAUAGGUCCAGUUGUCUUGGGUCUUCUGGGUUCUUUCCACUACUUUAAGACCGGCCACCAAGCAACCCUCAGCAGCAUCCAGUGGGAGAGUGCAUUUAUUCCUCUCUCGACGAUCAAAUAUCCUUGGUCCCCCCUCCUUGUCGUCCUUAACACCUUUGGCGCGCAGAUCCUUGCCGCUGUGGCUGUUCCACUAGUCGUGCUAUGGAAACGCGCCGUCGAUACUCGUGGGCGGAUACCUGCGCAGACUGCUGGCAAAGCUGACUCACCUGUUGGAGCCCCCAGCCCUGCGAUCAGCCUUCUUUCAGACGUAGUCCAGGCCGCAUCCACCCACAUUCUUUACUACGCUACCAUCAACCUUGCUACGACGAUCUGGGCUGGACAUCUUCGUCGCCAUCUCAUGCUAUACCGCAUCUUCAGCCCGCGAUUUAUGAUGGGCGGUGCUGUGUUGCUUGUUGUGGACGUUAUUGUCAUGCUUAUUGCCGUGGGUGGACUCCGCUGGAAUACCGUGAGCGUCGGAGAGAUCUUCGGAUGGUGAUGACGGAGAGAGAUCGACCUUACGCAAGAGAAAAGACGUCCCUCUGUGCAGAUAAACAGAGUGCACUGCGCGCACGUCAACUGCCUAUGGAGACAGCCCAUAUCUCUAAUGUUCGCGUCCAGCUCUAGAGUAUAUCAGCAUAUGCUGGUCGACUCUUUCCUCCAACGAGGAAAACAACCGGAUUCUGGCACGCUAAACCAUGUUCUAAAAGUCAAGUCUUUGACU